AUGUGUCAAGGUGACUUCCCUCAUGGAAUACACCCAAGCCAACUACCCCCUGGAAUUCAUCCAAGUCAGCUUGUUCUAGGAAUGGAUCCAAGGCAGCUUCAAGAGGGAAUGCACGAACAUCAGUUCAAUCCUGGUUACUAUGAGCAAGAACAGUUUAAUCCCUUGGACUAUGCGCCCGGACAUCUGCCAGCAGAGUUUUAUGAAUCCCAAGGGUUAGUCCCUCCUGAUGAAGUUGGUUAUUUUAAUCCCCCGGAAGAAGUAUAUUAUCCUGGUAUGCCCAUUGAUGAACAUUAUGUUCUUGGACCUACAGGAAUACCAAUGAGCAGAGAAGCUUUCGAAGCUUAUGGAAAACAAGAGAUUGAAGAAAAGGAAGUAAGGGCUGCUGAAUGGAGAAAACGGGAUGCACUGGUGAAAAAUGGGGGCAAGCUUGAACCUAUUAACUUAUCGAAAGCCAGGAAAAGUAAGAAAAAAUCCAAAUCAAAAGGUACCAAACCAAAGACUGGUAAUGAUCAGUCUUCUCAAGGAGAAAAUAUGUAUCCAGGUAGCCUUCCUCCGGGAAUGCAUCCAAAUCAUUUACCUCCAAACGUGCAUCCUAGCCAGCUACCUCAAGGGGUGCAUCCAAACCAACUACCUCCUGGAAAUCAUCCUGGUCAACUUUUUCCAGGAAUGCAUCCAGGGCAGCGCCAACAGGGAAUGCACGAACAUCAGUUCCACCCUGGUUACUAUGAGCAAGAGCCAUUUAAUCCCAUGGAUUAUGCACCCGGACAUCUGCCAGCAGAGUUUUAUGAAUCCCAAGGGUUAGUCCCUCCUGAUGAAGUUGGUUAUUUUAAUCCCCCCGAAGAAGAAUAUUAUCCUGGUAUGCCCAUUGAUGAACAUUAUGUUCUUGGACCUACAGGAAUACCAAUGAGUAGAGAAGCUUUCGAAGCUUAUCAAAAAGAUGAGACCAAACAAAGGGAGACUAGGUGUGCUGAAUGGGAAAAACGAAAAGCACUGGAGAAAAAUGGGGGCAGACUUGAACCUAUACACUUAUCGACAGCCAGAAAAAGCAAGAAAAAAUCAAAAAGUACGAAACCAAAGAACGGUAAAGAUCAGCCUCCUCCUCCCGUUGCUGGUUUAUCUCCUGAACUAAUAGCUAAUAUGUCACCAGAAAAGAAGUCAUUAUGGGCUGCAAUUAACAAAACACUAGAUGAUAAUUUUGGUCCCCUAACGCCUCAAAACAUGCCACCCCCGAAAGCCGCGAAGGAAGUGUUACAAGUACCUACUGAGAGCACAAAGGAUGAAAGAUUCACAAAUUUGAUGAAUAAUCUUGUUGAUCCGGGACUGAAGUCCAGUAAAGACAAAUUCAAUGCGUUGUUAGCUUCAAAAACAAAAGAUGAAACCCAAAAAAAAUUAGACGAGGCGCUACCUACAUCAAAAUCAAAGUCUUCCCCAUCAGACCUGACCAAAGAAGAAAAAAAAGUUAUUCCACUAGAAAUGGGUUCAUUCUGUAAUGCAGCCAACGCAUCUUUGGAAGAUAAAUUUGGCCCUAUAUCACCACCACGCUUGGCUCGUGCACCAUUAAAGGCAAAUUGGGAACCACCUACCUCUAAGGCGAGAGCAGUAAAACCACCACCUUUGGAUGAUAAUUUGAGUCCUUUGUCACCACCAACCUUGGGCCAGGCACCAGUAAAUUCUGAACCGCCUACCAAUAAUGAAAAUGCAGUAAAACAAACAAAUUCAGAUGAUAAUUGUAAUCCAUCACCACCUGUGCGCAUUGGCCAUAAACCACUUAAGGCAACCUGGAAGCCAGCUAUCUCUGCCGAGAACAUAGCAAAACCAACUACCUUGGGUGAUGGUCCUUUAUCAGCAACAAGCUCUGGUGAUGUAUCAUUGAAGCCAAAUUGGAAGAUUCCUAGUGAUGAUGAUCUUGACCAAGAAAAACCUAAAACUUCCAAAUACCUAAAGUCAAAGAAAGCCCUCAAUGAUUUACUAAAACCUAAAGAAGUCGAAAAAGAACCAGUGAGUAAAUCACAACAAGCAAUCAAUGACAGAUUGGCUCAUCUUUUUAAAAAGAAACCAGUAGUGAAAAGUUCUCUAAACAAGGAACCAGUAGAGCAAGACAAUCCUCAACCACCAUCCAGUCAAUCACAACCAGUGAGUAAAUCACAACAAGCGCUUAACGACAGACUAGCUCAUCUUUUUAAAAAGAAAACAAUAGUGAAAAGUUCUCCUCCAAGCAAAGAACCAGUAGAGCAGUUUCUAGACAAUCCUCAGUUGCCAUCCAGUCAAUCAGAAACAGCUGACCAAGUUCAGCAAAUUGAAGAGCAUUCAAGUAAACCUAAAUUGAACUUCAUGAAAACUUCAUCAAGAAAUAAAUCUGGGGAACAAGAUGCUAAUCAGCUAAGGCCACAAAGUCCAUCCAAUCAACCCAAAAAAUCUGUUAAUGGUCAACCUGAAGAGAAGAAUACAAAGCCGGUAUUUACUUUGGGAGGCAUUUCCCCCCUUCCCAAUAUAGAAAGUGAUACAUCCAAUCACAGUUUACAGGAAGUUAAGAAGGAAUUACCACUGAAGUCUAAUAAAUUAAAAUUAGAACCUUUAAGCCCUUCAAGACCCAAAGAAUCCAAACUAAAAAAUAAGUCUUCUACUACAAAAUCUCCAGACACUAAACAUAAAGAAGCAGAUAUAUCAGAAGAAAAGGUUCAAAAGAAAUCAAAACAUGGCAAGGAAUCGCGUAAACAGAAGAAGAAAAAGCCAGCUCGCAAAAAAAUAGUAAAUGACCAAGCUGGCAAUACUUCCGAUGACAGCUAUCCUAGUUUAAAUGAUCCAUGCUAUGAUAUUUAGUGCUAGAAAUAGCAGCAACAACCACACAACGACAGGAAAUAUGCCCAAACCUAACUUCAAAAGAAGAAAAUAUUGAAUUUAAAAAAGAGUAAUGUCAAAAGUUCAACAAAACAAAAUUCUUACAAAUUCUAAUCUACCUCAAAUAUAUUAAGUUUUCAUACCUGACAUGAAAUGUCUGGGUAUUUUCUAUUAGUCCAUCUGUGUUUCUACAAAUUAAGAGUUUUUGAGUUUUCUUUUAAAACUUGCCGGUAGAGUUUAUCAUCUAAAUUCUUAGUUGGGCGUAAAUUUUACACAGUCAGAGUUAUUGCGUCUGUCACUGAAUCAUUGUAAAUGCUUUAGGGGUUUUCAGAUUUUUUUUCAAACUUGCUGGAAUUUUGGAGAUGAACCAUAUCGUAAUUCAGGUUCAGUUGUGUCCCUCUUUUCAAAACUUAGUCUCAGCGUUUUAUACUAAUUAAAUAUACCUUAGUUGUGUCCCUCUUUUCAAAACUUAGUCUCAGGGUAACUAAUUGAAUAUACCUUGGUUUUAUCUAUGAAAUGACUUACAAUUUAACAAUAAAGAGGUAUUUCUUUGUGGAGAAAGGAGUUCAUAAAAAUCACAUUUUGAAAAUAAAUUGUCGUUACUAAUUGAAUGGAUGCCACAGAAAAGAACAAUUGACAUCGUCCAUUUAGGUUUAGACGAACAUGUACAGGCCAUUUAUUUAUUUUUUUUAUUUUAUUUAUUUUUAUUAUUUUUUAACUUUAUUUAUAUAUUUUAUUUUUUUUAUUUAUUUAUUUUUUUUUAUUUUAUUUAAUUUUUUUAUUAUUAUUUUUAUUUAUAUUAUAUUUUUAUUAUUAUUAUUUUUUUUUUUUUAAAGUAGAAGCCUGAAUUGUUCAUCAAAGUCUAAAUGAGAUAGGUCCGUUUCUCUCUUUUGUAGGCCGUCUGUUUCAAUCAAAGCGUGAUUUAACUAAACUUGUGAUUUUUAACGGCACUUUUUUCAUGAAAAAAUACUGAAUUAGAGUUUUAAAUGUUUAGAAGUUUUAUAGAUCGUGGUAUAAUCAGUUACACAAUUUAACAUGGUAUUUGCAACCGGAGAAGUUGAUCAAGUUUAAUCAAAAUGAAAAUUUAGAGCAGGAGUUGGAUAUCUUACAUGCGUGAAAGAUACUUAAACAUAUUGUUCAUUCAAUAUCAUACACAUCCGACUUUUUAUCAUCUUAAGGGUAUUUAGAAAGUAUAUUUAUAAGGGUAGAAUUUUAUAUUACUAGAUAUAUUUAGAAAGUAUAUUUAUGAGGGUAGAUAGUAGAAUUUUAUAUUAUUAGAUAUAUUUAGAACGUGUAUUUAUAAGGGUAGAUAGUAGAAUUUUAUAUUAUUAGAUAUAUUUAGAACAGUAUUUAUGAGGGUAGAUAGUAGAAUUUUAUAUUAUUAGAUAUAUUUAGAACAGUAUUUAUGAGGGUAGAUAGUAGAAUUUUAUAUUAUUAGAUAUAUUUAGAAAGUGUAUUUUUAAGGGUAGAUAGUAGAAUUUUAUAUUAUUAGAUAUAUUUAGAAAGUAUAUUUAUGAGGGUAGAUAUAAUUUUAUAUUAUUAUUAGAUAUAUUUAGAAAGUAUAUUUAUGAGGGUAGAUAGUAGAAUUUUAUAUUAUUAUUAGAUAUAUUUAGAAAGUAUAUUUAUGAGGGUAGAUAGUAGAAUUUUAUAUUAUUAGAUAUAUUUAGAAAGUAUAUUUAAUAUAAGGGUAGAUAGUACAAUUUUAUAUUAUUAGAUAUAUUUAGAAAGUAUAUGUAAUAUAAGGGUAGAUAGUACAAUUUUAUAUUAUUAGAUAUUUACAGUUAUAUUAAUAAUUAUAAAUUAUGUGGAAUUUGUAUUUGAUAUGAAUAUAAUGUAAUUAAAAAAAAUAUAUCAAGUUAACUGUAUUAAAAAAAGAAAAAAAAUUGUUAUCAAGUUUAAAACUGAAAAAAAAAAAAAAGAAAGAAAAACAUAAUGCUUUAGUGGCAUGAUUAAAACAUAAAUUAUUUUUUUAUUGUAUAUAUUGUUGUGUUAUAAAAAUAAAAUAAAUUUAUCAAGUUAACGUCUUUUUAUUUCACCAAAGGGGAAUUUAUCGAGUCUGAUAGUAAUAAUAAGACACCCGGGGCACAGUAGUUGGUUGAUAUUUAGAAGAUACUUAAGCCCACCACAUAUUUUUACUGUUG